UUUGAUAAAGCUUUGUGUGAUUUGGGUGCAAGUAUUAAUCUAAUGCCUCUUUCUGUUUUCAGAAAACUCGGUUUGGGAGAAGCAAAAGCCACAACAGUGACAUUGCAGUUAGCAGAUCGAUCCCUUACACACCCAAGAGGAAUCAUUGAAGACGUGCUAGUAAAAGUGGAAAAGUUCAUAUUUCCAGCUGAUUUUCUUAUCUUGGACAUGGAAGAAGAUAAAGAUGUUCCACUCAUUUUGGGGCAACCUUUCUUAGCCACUGGGAGAGCAAUUGUAGAUGUUCAGAAGGGGCAGCUGAUAUUAAGGCUUGGUGACGAGCAAAUCUCAUUCAACGUGUUCAAAGCAAUGAAAUUCCCU